ACACUAGAGCGCGCCAAAGUAAAAGUGUUUGGUUAUAAAAGUUAAUUCCUGAGUUUUGUGUCAGCUGAUUGUGAAACAGCGCCGCGGGUUCAAACAGAGCGCACGGCGGCAUUUAUUUGGGUUUGUUUGCUGAUGCUGGAGCCGCAAGCUUAACUCAAUCUAAAAUGUCCAUAGCAGCGAGAUCAGCGCUCGUCCUCUUCUCAACGCGUCUGCAGCCAUGGACCGGACUAAAGAUCUCCGCAAACAAUCUGACAAGCCCUGCAGUGUGUUGCCAGAAGAAGUCGUCUUCAUGUACUACUAUUCCUCCUCCUGCUAAAUAUGGAGGCAGACACACAGUGACUUUGAUCCCUGGUGAUGGUAUUGGACCAGAACUGCUGAACCACGUCAGAGAGCUUUUCAGAUUCUGCUGUGUUCCAGUGGAUUUUGAGGUUGUCAGGGUGGAUUCGUCUGCUUCCUCUGAGGAUGACAUCAAUAAUGCGGUUACUGCAAUCAAACGUAAUGGAGUAGCACUUAAGGGUAACAUAGAGACUAAUCACAACCUUCCUCCAUCUCAUAAAUCCAGGAACAAUGUGCUUCGCACAUCUUUAGACCUGUAUGCUAAUGUCAUGCACUGUCAGUCUCUUCCUGGAGUCCCGACCCGUCACAAAGACAUUGAUGUGAUCAUCAUUAGGGAGAAUACAGAAGGAGAGUACAGCAGCUUGGAGCAUGAGAAUGUUCACGGGGUGGUGGAGAGUCUGAAGAUCAUAACACGUGUGAAUUCAUUGCGGAUCGCUGAGUAUGCCUUUAACUUGGCCAGAGAGAAAGGCCGCCGCAAGGUCACGGCAGUACAUAAAGCUAAUAUCAUGAAACUUGGCGAUGGCCUUUUCUUGCAGUGCUGUAAAGAGGUGGCGGCUGGAUAUCCUGAUAUCAAAUUUGAUAAAAUUAUCGUGGACAACACCACCAUGCAGCUGGUCUCUAAGCCCCAGCAGUUUGACGUGAUGGUGAUGCCUAAUCUCUAUGGAAAUGUGGUGAGCAAUGUGUGCGCUGGACUUGUUGGAGGUCCAGGUCUAGUACCAGGAGUCAACUACGGCAAGGACUACGCUGUUUUUGAGACCGCCACUAGGAACACUGGAAAAAAUAUUGCUAACAAUAAUAUUGCAAAUCCCACAGCCACACUGCUGGCCAGCUGCCUGAUGCUGGAUCACUUAAAUGCCAAACAGCUGCUGUUUUUCCAACCCACCCCUCCUUCCACGGCUUCCUCUCUUUCCCACUCUCUCUAA